CAGAAACUAUGACCCAGUAUUCCCCGUAUCCAAGGUGUCUUAAUACAGUUCAUAAUAUACGAGUACAUGAUAUAAGAGAAUUUCCUUUCAUUAAUCUUUUUCAAGAGCAUACUAAACAGGGUUGUUGUUUUUUUUUUUGUCUGGCCCACUUGACAUUGAACUAAGUGUAAUGUGACCCGUUACCUUAAAUGAGUUGACAUGCCUGCCCUACACCAACCUAACUCAUGUUGGGCUAGUCUAGUGGUCACCAACCAGCAACUUCCUGAAGUCUUUAGCUCCAGCCAUAAUCGUGCCCACAUGACCAUCUAAACAUUGGCUUAAGAAGUUCUUGAUCAACUAAAACAGGUGUGUUAGAUGUUGGUUGGAAAUGAAACCUGCAGGAAGGUAGAUCUCAAGGAAUAGGGUUGGUGACCACAGGGUUAGUCCAUACUGGACUCAGUACUGGGUUUCCAAAUUUUUUUUUUUUUUUUUAAAGCCUACUUAUUUAGAAUGCAUUCAAUUCAAGUGACAUAUAACUAUAUAACUAUAAGAACUCAAUAAUUAAUUGAAUACCUUUGAUAGGAGGGCACAUGGUGGUUUAGUGGUUAGCAUGUUCGCCUCACACUGCCAGGGUUGGGUGUGUGCAGAGUUUGCAUGUUCUCCCCUUGCUGUGGGAGUUUCCUCCGGGUACUCCGGUUUCCUCCCCCAGUCCAAAGACAUUCAUGGUAGGCUGAUUGGCAUGUCUAAAGUGUCUACAGUGUAUGAGUGGGUUUGUGAAUUUGCCCUGCGAUGGAUUGACACCCUGUCCAAGGUGCCAGAUGCUCCCUGCGAUAGGCUCCAGGUUCCCCGCGACCCUGAAGCAUAAGUGGUAUAGAACAUGGAUGGAUGGGACCUUUGAUAGGAGUACAAAAAUACAGUAAAAAAAAUAAUAAAAAUAAAUAAAUAAAUAAAAUAAUAAACACCCCACUCUGAGAAACAUUACUGUACAGCGCCUCUAGUGGUUACAAAAAAAAUAUGAAACGCAUUUUCUCUCAUGUCCCUCUGCGGCUCCCGUGCGUUGCGUGGUCAACGGUAUCAAAACAGUAACGGUGAAUGAGGUUACAUUGCCUGCUUUCAACCUCCGCUUUGGGACAUGGACAGUUUUCUACCACAAGGAGACCAAGAAGAAACCUUUUCAGCUUCCUGAUAAUGACUCUGAUAAAGACGGUAUCGUUUUUGUUUUCCUCAGCUAACGUUAUUCAUUCUGUGGAGCAGAAACAGCUCUGUUUAUGGUUAAAGUGAAAGUGCGUGAGAUUAAAACAAUAUUAGGAUGAUGAUGAUGAUGUUUAUUGGAAUAACAGGCAUAAAGAACAGCUGAAACAUGCAUCUUACAGGCUUUAAAAAAAAACAACAACCAAAUAUAGCCUAUUUAUGUAUAUACUGAUACCUAAAUGCUUAUCAAGCUAGAUAAGUUAGUGAUUUAUUUAUUUAUUUAUUUAUGUCUCGUAUAACAACAGCUGCUUUUUUGUCUUUCUUGUUCUCUUGUUCCUUUUUUAAAAAAAAUUAUAUUUAUUUAUUAUUUAUUGGUUUUGGCUGCUUGUCCUGAAGGGAGCGGUCAUCUUGGGUACUGUUAUUAAAACUAAUCGUGCCUUUGCGUUAUUUAUGGAAAACACAAUCCAGAUUCAUUAAUAGUUUCUCUUCGAACUUGUCAGUUGUUACAUAUAAACAACUAACAACAACAACAACAACAACAACAAAUGCUAUGAUUAGUAGCUGGAAGCAUAUUGGCUUGGAGCUUCACUGGCAUGUUUAGAUAGGGUUGCCAGAAUCAUUAAUUGAGAGAUUUUAUUUUUAUUUUUAUUUAGUCUGUUCAAAUAGUUAUAAAAUUGCAUAAAUACCCCAAUUAGCAUGAAGAUCAAGUUGUGGGGUAGUCUGUAUGCACGAGCCAAGCAUAUUGUGUAGACUCUAGAGUAAUAAUUGUGAAAAUACAUGUAAAAGAAAAUUGCCAGUUUGCGUAAAUACAAUCAACAUGGCAACAACAACGAUGAUGAUGGUGAUGAUUAUUGUAAUGACGGUGAGGCAGCUUUGGUACUUGCCUAUUUAUUUGUCUAAAUGCAAUGCACCGAGUUUGAUCUGUCUGUUUAGCUAGAUCUGAUAGAUGGGUGUUUAACAGGUUUAUGGGCCAGCUGAGGCAUUAUGAGUGAUCACUAUGAGAAGCCCAAAGUGCUUGAGCAGAUGGAGGCGCACGCUGAGGAGGCUACCGGAAACUUGCCGGUGUGUUCACCGGCAUCCGCGCCUCCUGCUCCAGAAACAGCCGAAAAAACCUGUAGUAAAGUUAAGAGCAAACCAGGAACCGGGAUCGUGAAGCGAAGCCCGGAUCUGCUCGUGAACAAGCCGCGCGCAUGCGCCUCUUCAGACCCUGGUAAGGGCGCGCGCCGGCACGCGCUCCCCGGCAAAGGUUCGGGAAAGGCGGAGACGGCCGCGGUCAAAGCCGUGAGAAAUGCAAGAUCCGUCACUGUAGACACAUCCAAAGCCAAAACGUCUCUGGAGGCGCUCAAGCUCAGCAUCAGACAGCUCAAAUGGAAAGAGUUUCCAAUGGGCAGACGGACAGCGUGCGAUAUUUACUGGCAUGGCGUCUCCUUCCAUGAUAACGAGAAUAUUGUUUCAGGGCAGGUCAACAAGUUCCCAGGAAUGGUAGAGAUGUUGCGUAAGAUCAACUUAAGUCGUGCGGUGCGCACCAUGCAGCAGCUUUUUCCAGAGGAGUACAACUUCUACCCGCGCUCGUGGAUCCUGCCUGAGGAGUAUCAGCUGUUCUCCACUCAGAUUCGUCUGUUGAAGGACAGUGACUGCACCAUGAAAACCACAUUCAUUGUCAAACCCGACUCCGGCUCCCAAGGUGACGGCAUCUACCUCAUUCGUGACCCUGCUGACCUCCGGGCCAUCUCAGGAUCACAAGUCAAGCAGGCGGUGGUUCAAGAGUACAUUCAGAAACCACUUCUCAUCGACAAGCUCAAGUUUGACAUUCGCCUUUAUGUCCUUGUUCGUUCUCUGGAUCCUUUAGAAAUCUACAUUGCCAAAGAAGGCCUUUCCAGAUUUUGCACUGAACCCUACCAGGAACCCAGCCAGAAAAACCUCAGUCAUGUGUUCAUGCAUUUAACGAAUUACUCGCUGAACAUUCACAGUGGGAAUUUUGUGCACUCAGACAGCUGCAACACAGGAAGCAAGCGCACGUUUUCCAGUGUCCUUUAUCGUCUCGCCUCCAAAGGUGUGGACAUUAAGAAGGUUUGGUCAGAUAUCAUAGCGCUGGUUAUCAAGACAGUUAUUGCACUUGUUCCUGAAUUGAAGGUCUAUUACCAAGCUGAUAUACCACCAGGCAAACCAGGACCUACUUGUUUCCAGAUCCUGGGCUUUGACAUCCUGUUGAUGAAGAACUUGAAGCCUGUUCUGCUGGAGGUCAACGCCAAUCCAAGCAUGAGGAUCGAACAUGAACAGGAGGUGUCACCUGGUGUUUUUGAGUAUGUACCUAGCCCAGUAGACGAGGAAGUCAAAGUAGGUGUCAUUAGAGAUACACUGCGCCUUAUGGAUCCGGCCCAGAGGAAGCCACCCACAUCAAACCUCCUGGGCAGAACUCCAGAAGAAGCCAUCAUCGUGGAAGCCGGAUCGGACGAGAAGGCAGAGCUCGUCGGAGCACUUCCAUCUCUGUGUCUAAAACAAGUCUUCCCCAAGUACAUGAAGCAGUUCAACUACCUGCGAAUAUUAGAUCGAAUUGCUGAUAUUUUCUUGCGCUUCCUCGGGGUCAAAGGAACCAUGAAGCUUGGUCCGACCAGCUUCCGCACUUUCAUCAGGAACUGCAAGCUGAGUAACAGCAGUUUCACCAUGGCGUCGGUGGACAUCCUGUACAUCGACAUCACCCGCCGCUGGGCUGGUGCGCUCUCUGACUCCAGAGAAUCUGGAAUGGGACUGCAGGCAUUUGUGGAGGCAUUUUUCUUCUUGGCCUCACGCAGGUUUAAGGCGUCACCACUGAGGGAACAAGUGAUCUCGCUGCUGGAGCUGUGCGAGUCCGCACUCGAGGGGGAGGGACACGAUGAGAAGCCACGCCCCUCGAAAUCUCACCCCACACUCAAUUCUGCUCACGUUCCGUGCGCGCUCAACUCCCCCGCCGCCACUCGCCGUCUUCAGACACUGCAGCCUUCUGGGAAAGGAAACGUGGAGACCUGGGAGGCUGAACCACGCACCGCUUGUUAAAGCAGGAAGCAAUAAUAGAAGAAAAAAAGAACAGACGGGUCACGCUGUCUCACCUUUUUUGCCUUCUCACAUUUGAACGUUUUAUGCAUGGCAUCAUAUACACGUGAUUAGAGGAAAAAAAAUAAAAGAUAUGAUGUAAAAAUCAUAUAACUAUUCACUGCACCUGGAAUUGCUUUAUGUGAUAAUCGCAUAUAUGACCGAGUUAGCUUGUCUACAUGUAUGUGUGUGAAAAUUGCACUGCGUUGCUAACACACGGUGUGUUGAAGCUGAAGGAAGGAAAAGUACGUAUCCCUUUAUCACAGAAUCAGGGACAAGCAGACUCUACAAGGGAUUCAUACCACUGACUUUUCAUUUCUGCCAAGCAGCUAACUACGACGUGGCCGACAACUAAUCCAAAACAGCGGCCUUAUGAUGAAAUAAUAGUGUUAACGCCAUAUUAAGGCACCGAGUGCACUAAACAUUAUACUGCAGCUACUGUAUUUAUAUUCGCAGAAUAUUUUAUUUAAUAUUAUUUUCAUGUAACGGAGUGCUUCACUGUAGUAUGAUUGAGUCAGUUACAUAUCUGGAAAAAAAGUGCAAAUCUUA